CAAGAAUACAUGGCAGCCUUGCAGAAAUUAUCUUUACACUGUAAAUUUGGAGAAUACCUGCAAACGGAGCUUAGAAAUCAAUUCGUUUUCGGCUUAAGGAAUCAAAGGAUACAGUCCAGACUCCUGGAGACGGCGAAUCUGACAAGAGAAUCGGCUUUGAAAACGGCGUGCGGCAUGGAAUUAGCGGAGAAGGGGGUGAGCAAAUUGAAAGAAGAAAAUCCCGCGGAAACAGCGGUGGACUUCGUCGGAGCGGGAGCCAAGCAGAGAAAGUCAAAAGGCCGUGAGGAACGCAGAGCAAACAAAACAAAUCACCAAGGACCAAAGAAGCAACAACGAAGCAAACCUUUCACUAAGAAUGCUCUAAGAAUGAUCAUAAUAAGCGUUCACAAUUCAAAUCUAAUAAUAUUGUAUGUUUUAGGUGUGGACAGGCUCACUUGGCAACAAAUUGCACCAUUCCUCGCAGCGUACAAUGUAGAGAAUGCGGAGGUUAUGGGCAUUUACAGAAAGUAUGUAAAAAGAAAGGCCAAGCUCAUAUGUUAGAAGAAGUGCCACGUGGAGGAGCAGGAGCAUUCCGGGCACAGAGCGAAAUAUACCGUAUCUCUUCGAACAGAGAAUCGAGAUGUGGUUUUUGACGUGGAUUGCGGCGCGGUGAUCACGUUAGUAAGUGAAAAAUGGCUAAAACGUACGUUUCCUAAACUAAUAAUACAUAAAACAAUUAAAAUUGCGUUCGUAUUGUAAACGAAGUUUCGUGCCACUCGGUUUCGCUAAGGUGAAAGUAAAAGAUGUAAAUGAAAUUAAAAGUUUAAAUAUGUACGUUGUAAAAUAUGAUAGAGAUCCAUUGUUGGGCCGGAAAUGGAUUAACCAAUUUAAAAAAUUAGUAGAAGUUAAGAAUAGUUUGAUAAAAGUAGAAAACAUUGAAACAUUAGACGAAUUUCAUAAGAGAAAUCUUACAGAUUUAUUAGAGAAAUAUAAAGAAGUUUUGAGCAAAAAAUUUACUCACAUUAAAAAACACGAAGCUCAUUUGAAAUUGAAGCCAGAUGCAAAACCCAUAUUCAUUAAAAAUCGUACUGUACCAUUUAAAAUUUUAGAAAAAGUAGAAAAAGAAUUAGAACAUUUAGUUGUAGUAGAGGCAUAUUAGAAAAAGUUGAAUCGUCUAGAUGGGCAACCCCAAUUGUGCUCGUGUUAAAAAAACACGGGUGUUAAAAAAAAGGGGGGAUAUUAGAAUUUGUGGUGACUUUAGUGUCACAAUUAAUUCGGCAUUAAUAGUAGAUGAACAUCCCUUGCCCACAAUGGAAGAACUAUUCAUGUCUAUGUCGGGUGGCACAAUAUUUUCGAAAAUAGAUUUAAAACAGAUAUAUUUACAAUUAGUAGUCGCGGAAGCGGAUAAGGAACUACUUACCUUAAGUACACACAAAGAAUUAUAUAGAUGUAAACGUUUAAUGUACGGAGUGGCAUCUGUGCCUGCCAUUUGGCAGCGAACGAUCGAAAGUAUUAUCUUACGUGGAAUACCGAGAGUAGCAGUAUUUCUAGAUGACAUUAGAAUUGCAGGAAAAGAUAUUGAGCAACAUUUAGAACGGUUGGAGUCAGUAUUAAAACAAUUACACAGGCACAAAAAAAGUGCAGCCAAUGCAGCAAUUCUGACAUUGAAUUUGGAUUCAGCGGGUCAAAAUACAUGAAGUUAGACUAUUCGGGUCCGCCGAACUAACAUGAUAAAAAUUUUUUUUUGAGGUUAGAAAAAAUGAGCCAAUUCAGAAAUUCUGACCUAGGAUUUGAAUUCAGCGGGUCGAAAUACAUAAGAAUUGACUAGUCUAGUCCGCCGGACCAACCACUUUUUUUUGUGUGCCUGUGUUAUUAUGGACGAUUUAUUAAAAAUUUGAGUGGUAUACUUUACCCGUUAAAUCAAUUGUUAAAGAAAAAUGCCAUUUUUAAAUAGACAAAAGAAUGUAAAAUAGCAUUUAAUAAAGCCAAGCAAGAAUUCAGCAAUGAAAAAGUAUUAGUACCCUUUAAUCCUAAACUGCCUUUGGUACUCGCCGUAGAUGCCAGUCCAUACGGAGUAGGAGCGGUUCUAUCGCACACAUACCCGGAUGGCACAAAACGCACAAUUCAAUAUGCGUCAAAUUCACUGUCAGAAGUACAAAAAAAAUAUGCACAAAUUGAUAAGGAAGCGUUCGCUAUUAUAUUUGGAAUCAAAAAAUUCCACCAAUUCUUGUAUGGAAACCAUUUUACCUUGCAAACGGAUAAUAAACCCUUAGCACAAAUUUUGAAUCCCAGAAAAGGACUUUCGGCAUAUAGUGCGUUGCAUAUGCAACAUUAUGCGGUAUAUUUGCAAGCGUUCAAUUUCAAUAUUAAGUAUCGCAAAUCCGAGGCGCAUGGAAACGCAGAUGGAUUUUCACGGUUGCCCAUACAGAAAAAAAGUGAGAAAUUUUGACCCCAUUGAUAUCUUGUAUAUAGAAAAUGUAGAAACAUUACCAAUAACUGCGAAAAAUAUCCGAGAGGAAAUAAUUAAAGAUAAGUUUCUAGAAAAAAUUCGACAAGCCCUACAGAAAGGGAAAAGUCUCGUACCGUUAGGAUACAAUGAAUUCAUCUUACAAGACGGAAUAGUUUUUAAAAAAAAAAGAGUAAUUAUUCCAGAAAGUUUAAGAAAUAAAGUAUUGAAAGAGUCGCACUCAGAUCAUUUUGGUACAGUUAGAAUGAAACAAUUGAGUAGAAAUUUUUGUUUGUGGCCAAGAAUAGACAAAGAUAUUGAAGAAGUAACCAAAAAUUGUAAAACAUGCAUUUCUUUUAGUAACAAUCCGAGUAAAAUUAAAUACCACUGGGAGGCGGCAUCACAGCCGUUUGAUAGAAUACAUAUAGAUUUCGCAGGUCCUUUCAUGGGACACACCUUUUUAAUAAUGAUAGAUUCGUAUACAAAAUGGCCGGAAAUGCACAUGGUAAAAGACAUGUCUGUACAAAAUACAAUAGAAAAGUGCAGAGAAAUUUUUGCAGUAUUUGGUCUACCACAAGUUUUAGUCUCGGAUAAUGGUCGCACAUUUAUUGCCUCAGAAUUCCAGGAUUUUCUAAAAAAUAAUGGUAUCUAUCAUAAACGUACAACUCCGUACCAGCCAGCCACAAAUGGCUUGGCAGAACGUUUUGUACAAACAUUUAAACAAGCAAUGCGUAAAUUAAAUAUUAAUAGUGGAAAUAUCAAAGCUAAUCUGCAGAAAUUUCUUUUUCACUAUAGGUUAACUCCACAUCUGGAAUUAAAUAAAUCGCCGGCAGAAGCGAUGUAUGGUAGAAGGUUCAGAAACAGAUUGGAUUUGAUGUUGCUUAAAACUAAUAUCGGAAAAGAGAUAGUAGAAAAUUGUACUAUAACUAAAGAGUUCAAAAAAGGCGAAAGGGUCGCUGUGCGAGAAUAUUUGGAUAAAAAUAUUAAAUGGCGUUUUAGAAGCAUAUUUACACGACUUGGUAAAUUACAUUACGAAGUUAAGUUAGAUGAUGGUAGGGUGUGAAAGCGCCACAUAAACCAAAUAAAAAAAAAGGGAAACACGUUAAUAGCGAUAAGUUAUUUAAGGAUUUGAUCAUAACGGUCAUGUAAUUGUAAUUACUGCGCCUUCCGAGAACCACUCAGAAACCACAUCAGAAAAUCUUGACUCUGAUCGCUCGGGAUGCGAUCCCGAAAA